AUGGAUUUUCUCGAGGGUCUUUCCGGCUCCUUCCUCCAUCUUAUUCUUUGUCGCGACCAUAGACCCCAACGUCCUCUUAACAUUGAGGACAGACCUGACAUCCACCUCCCUCCCACCUAUCUCGAAAACGCAAUCGCUACGCUCAACUCCAGGGGCGACUUCACCCACGAGGCGUGGCAGAAAUGUCAGACAAAGCUGGAGGAGCUGAGAGACGAACAAGCUGAGCCGGGUGUAUUCCCCGUGCUUGAUGCGGUCGAAAACGCCUUCCGAGAGGUGGUCGUCGACUUGAAGGACGUUUCUGAGUUGAAGAAUGACGCCGAGCAAGACAUCAGCGUUCUCCUUCGCCCGGAGCUCGACGUACGAGGUUAG